AUGGCAACUCCUAUACAGGUAUCGCCGAGGCCACAGGAAGGAAGGCCACAGGAAGGUCAGGGUGUGGUGAUAUGGGACUGGAGGGUCAUGACUGUAGGGUGUAGAGACGAGGUUGUCUUUAGGACGCUGAAGAGCGGGUACUCUUGGUGUAGGGACGAGGUUGUCUUUAGGACGCUGAAGAGCGGGUACUCUUGGUGGAGGGGCGUGGUUGUCUUUAGGACGCUGAAGAGCGGGUACUCUUGGUGGAGGGGCGUGGUUGUCUUUAGGACGCUGAAGAGCGGGUACUCUUGGUGGAAGGGCGUGGUUGUCUUUAGGACGCUGAAGAGCGGGUACUCUUGGUGGAGGGGCGUGGUUGUCUUUAGGACGCUGAAGAGCGGGUACUCUUGGUGGAGAGGCGUGGUUCUCCGUAGGAAGAUAAUGAGCUAGUGCUCUUGGUGGACGGACGGUGUUGACUGUGGGUGCAGAAGGAGCGGGUUGCUCUUGAAGUUGGAGGCUUGGUGAUUCAGUCAUGGAGUGGUCAUGGAGGAGUGAUGGGUUCAGGUGGGGAUUGGGACUUUAGGUGUUUGGGGAAGGAGUCCUGUUUGAGGCAGCUGGCUUGUGCAGUGCAGACCCCCAUCGGAACCUGCAAUAAGGAUAGAGAGCAGUAGAACAAAAGGGAGGAGACGGGAGGUGGUGGGAUCGCAGGAAGCAAACACACAGGUCAGGGGUGGAACAGGUGAGUAUAAAUGCAGCUAAUGAUUAGGUAGAGGGGAAAAACUGAUUUGGAGAUGAGGUGGCGGAGAUGGAGCCAAUGGCGGGAGGUGAUAUGGACGGUUUCUGUGAUGAAGAGGGGGUUGUGAGGCACUGCAUUUUGUGAUAGCCGGAGGUUGAAGAGGUUGGUCAGCGGUUAGUAGGGGCUGAGGAAAGAUGGAAGGCGAAACAGGAAGACGGAAGUUUUGCCGAGCUGAUCUGUCUUGCUUCUUUUGAGGGUGCAGAUGAGGGAGUCUUGAGAUUAAUAGGUGAUGUCGGAGAUACAGGGGUGACGGGCAGGAUUGAAGGAGUUGGAAGCAGAGGCAAAUUCAGGAAUCCGAAGACGCGAGGAGGAACAUGGUGAGGAUAUCUGCGGUGAGAGUAAGGGGGUGUGGAGGAAGGACCGGUUUUAUUUUUUACCUUUUGAGGAGAUUGUGGACUAGAGAUGGCAGGGCAAGGGGCACCAGUGAGGAGUUUCACAAAGAAAUCGAUGCCGUCGGGGUAAACUUGGAAGGUGGACGUGCGCAUGGAGAGAGAGGAAUGGGCAUGGGUGAUGAAGCUGGUGAUGGUGACAGAGGGGAAGGGGCUGUUGUAGUUGUUGUGGAAAGAGUGGAAGCAUCUCCAGGAUUUCCAGUAGGAAGAGAGGGUCUGGGGAGUGAGACUAAGGAGGAUGGUUCGUUGGGAUUGGGCGAUCAGGAGGAGGAGGGAAGGGUUCAGGUGAAAAUCAUUUCCGAAAAUGCAGGACCUGGAGUCAGGUGCAGGUUGGAGUCUGGAGCCAAGGUCCUGAAUUUCUGGAAAAGAAAACGAAAAAGGGUGUCAGCGAUUGAGUUGUGGUGUCUGGGUUUGUGAGCGGUGGUGAUGAUGAACUGUUGGGUGACAGAAAUCCAGGUAAGUCUGCGAAGGAACGACAUGAUGGAGAGGGAGUUGGAUCGGCUAUUGUUGAUGAUAUGGACUACGACAAGAUUGUCUGAGUGGAUGAGGACACUUUUCUGGGACCAUUCGUGUCUCCACAGGGAGGCGGCGAUGAUGAUGGGGUAUAGUUCGUGAAGUGCUGAGGAGGUUUCAAGGGAGUCAAGAAAGGAGUCAAGAAAGGCGAACUCCGGAGGCUACUUAGAGGAGAACCAUCUCCCUCCGAUGCCGAGGGAAGGGGCAGCGCCGGUGAAGAGCUGAAAGUCUUUGGGUGAGGAGAUGUGGUUGUCAUAGAAGAAUGUGAUACUGUUCCAGUUGGUGAGGAGGAGAUGCCAGGGGCGUAGUUCCAUUCGACAGAGGUCAUUCAAGGUGAUGUUGUGGUGGAGGGAAGGAAUGGAAGAUGAUAGGCCAGUAGGUUGGAGAUGAAGGAGCAACCCUGGGGGAUGUUAUGCAUGGCGUAGUUGAGGUGGCUGAGGAGGGAGAGAAGCUGUUGUUUGUUGCAGUGGGGGCUUUUGGAGGUGGUUGGAGGUGGUUGGAGAUGAUGACAUGGUGCGCUUGAGUGUGUCCGGAGGUAGUGAGGUUUGGAAGGAGACUGUGUUGAGGGUGAUGCCUAGAAAUUCUAGGGAGUUGGAUGGACCUUCUGUUUUCUCCAGAGACAGGGGGAUGCCGAUGGAGUUGAAAGCUGAUGUGACGGUGUUGAAACCUUGUGCAUGAGGGGAUGAUGGGUAGUCGACGGCCAGGAAGUCGUACAGGAGGUGGAGGACGUUUGGCAGUUUGUAAUUGUUGGUCAGGAUCCAGCAGAGUGCUUCCAAAAGGGAGUCAAGGAGCCUGGAUAGUAAAGAAGAACUGGCCCUUCCAGCAGACCCGAAAAAGAUGCCCAAAUUCCAGGGCCAGAGGAAGGACCUUGAAGGCACAGAUGAUAUUAGCUUUGGUGAGCUAAGCACCACAUCUCGCAAGCUUGAUCAUAGAAAUGGCGUGGUUGACUGUGUGGAACUCUAAAGAGAAGGCUUGGCUUGGGAUGAUGCUGUUGAUACAAGGGAUGUGGCUGUUGCGGGGGCAGAGAGGUUGAUAAUGAGUCAUUUCUUUCAGUAGUACUUACGUGUUGCUAUCCCUAUGGGGCUGAUCCUGUAGAUGGGGAAGGGUGGUGAUGAGAAGGGGCCGAUCAUUAAGCUUUCUUUAAACUUCUUAGCAAGAAGGGUUUCCACUGAUGCGUGAUCUGUGCUUGCGGUAUGGAGGUUGUGGCAUGUGAAGGAUGAUGAUGGCAGAGUAAUGAGACUGGGGGAGAAACCAUGAGUGAGGCAUUUGAGGAGGAACUGAAUGAAGGGGAUAUUGAGGUAAGAUGAGAGUUUGGCUGGAUGUUGAUGGGGUUAGAGAGGUGGUUUGUCGGUCAUAAUUGCUUGGAUUUGAAGGGGUUGUGGGUAUCAAGGUUGCGGGGGAAGGUAUGACCGGUGUAGGCCAUGGCACAGAUGGAGAAGACAUUGAGCAACUUGCAGGAGGAAGCAUUGCAGCGGAGUGCAUUAAAGUUAUUGCACACUAUGCGGCCCCCAGAGAACUUGAUGGGACGCCCUUGUUGGUUGAUGUCGGUCCAUAGGAGCGGAUUGGGGACCUGAUUGAUCAGGGGGCUGGAAGGGCCAGACGGAGGUUCUGGUGUGGUGUGGAGAGGAAGUCUUUGGAGCGUGGCUGGAACAGCGAGUGCCGGGGUGGGAGGAGAAGUUGCAGAGGGGGCACAGAACACCUGGGAGCUUGGCGGUGUUCCUGCAAUAUAGCUUGUUAUCGAUAGUACCCUAGUAGGUGCCUUCAUUGAGCUGUUGCACCCGGCUGGCGGCCGCGACGGAGAACAGGUGGUAGGAAUGGAAGGCGGAGCCACCGAACUGGGCAGCCAGGGAGGUUGGGGGCCGAGAGAGAAUCCAUCCCCCAUCCAGAGCUUGGAUUAGGCAGGGGAUGGAGAGAGGGGGGGAAGGGUGAAGCAUCUGGUUGCAUCUGCCAUUAGUUGGGAAAGAGGAUUGGUAGAUGGGAAGAUCGGGUUAGGGGGGACGCUGGGGUUACAUUGGGGAAAGAGAAAAAGCAUCCAUCCCCAAGCCAUGGCUGUGAUUAGGCAGGGGAUAGAGAGGGAGGGAAGGCUGCAGCCAUACCCGUUAAGGCUUCCGCAUGCUUCGGUUCGGCUGGCGCCUAGGCGAACUUGGCUAGGUAAGCCGAACAAGUGUGUUCGCACACUCCCUUAAAAGACCAUUGCUUGAAAAAAUAGUACUGUUUGCCCAUCUUGAGACACCGUAGCCAGUAUACACUUCCUCAUAACUCAAGAAAUCUGUCAUUCAUUUUGAAGUUUUUGCAGAGGAGAUCUUAGUGGCGCAAUAUUACAUCUAACUAAGAUGUUUGGUGCAGUGUUGCUCAAGAUGAGCAUGAAAAGAAGUAAUCUAUCGUUGAAUGACAACAAACACUUAAUUGAAGAAUCCCUACUGUUGACCAGUGACCGACCAAGGGCUGUAGACUGACCAGAAUUCGUCUUGCCUCGAGAAUGUUUUUUGUUUUCAUGAACAGCAGAAAAAAUAACCUUGCUGAAGACCAAAAUGAACAAAAACAUCACAACAUGUCGUCAUAAUAUAUGAUAAUAUAUGCACAAACUGUUCCAAACUGUUUCAAAUGGAAAGCGUGAGGACGCUCUUAUAAGACCACUUACAUACAUCUACGUAUGGGUGUGCAAGUUGUAUAUUAUUAUUAUUAUUUAUUUUUUCUCCAUUGUUACUUUAUCAUCUCUAGUAACCCAGUAUACUUUCCCUCACCAAUUCCUCCUUUAGAUUAGUGUUCUAUUCAUACAGGGGUUUAGAUAUUUACACAAGCUGUUCUAUUUAACAGAAUAUUCGGGAAUAAUACUAUUUUCUUUCAUAUCUCCAUACAGAAUCCCUAUAUAACGUUAUAAAUCUUUAGUUAUUCACAUCCACAUCACAGCAACGACCACAGCGCAGCAGCCUGAGAGGUACACAUAUCUUUCAUAUUGAGGAAAUCAGUGUCUGGGGGCUGUUACCCUCUCGAAUCUUUCAAUGGCUUCUCCUGUCAGUGCUCACUACCUGUAGAUCGAUGGGCGGUGUUGGACAGAACCCCUAGAUAACGUUAUAGAUCUAAAAACUCAGCUUACAGAACUGGUUGGGGUAUUUAUUAUUUUCCCUAUAUAACUAUACUUAGGUAUUCACACCCACACCACUCCAUGUGCAUCUAUGCACCAUAUGUAUCUUCAACGGUUCUAGCCUCCCAGAGACAGUGGUCCCAGACCACAUAGACAAUUCAGAAAUGCCUAUAGACUGCCACUUCCUAUAAAACUAAAUAACCCUCCGUAUUCAAAAACACCUUGUGUUAUUUGUAGUGGCUGCAGACCACGUAGACAUAUUCUUAUAAAUGCCUACAGACAGCUGUCAGCGGGGCUUUCCAUGGUACCAUUACGCCCUCGCUCUAGUCUUCUCAUUAGACUAGUAAAUAACCUUCUCUCUACCUUUUUAUGCGUUACUCGCAUUGAUUUUAUUUUUUAUCAUUUAUUUGUAUUUUUAUGCUGAUUCAUUUAAAUUGACUUACUGAAAUCAGUUGCCGUCCCUCAAUUGUUUGCGGAUUAUGUGUCUCCUCCUGGGCAGCUAACAGUAAGGUUCUGGUCUGGGUGGGUCUCGUCGUCUUUUGGUCAGAUGGGUAUUUCCCUCACGCUUCAUAAAAUGCGCCACCGGUUUUCCUCGCAGACCCCCACUGGAAAGCUCUGCAGGCAGAAUAAAUUAUCCAUUGCCAUGGAAAUGUUUACACAGGUACACUCUAAAUCAAUCUUAAAUGAAUUAUUGUUUAUUAACAGUUAACUGGAGAGGUUCCAACAAACUUGAUGCACCAUAGUGAACAUCUGUCUCGAGCGCUAACGGGGCAGUCCCAUUUAGUUCCAUUAUAUACUGGUUACAGAGACGUUACAUAGGCAUAGUUCAUAGGGUCUCCUAACUUAACUUAAAGAACAUAUUCUGGGCGUUCUGCCAAAUGGUCUAAAGGAGGAGGUCAUUUCCUUAUUUUGGGGGCUUUCAUCAAACUAAGUGGUGCCUGGUGUAAUGUGACUAUCAUGAUUGCACUUUAUAGAGUACGUGUCUUCCUGCAGCAUAGCAUCUUGGGGAAUGUUGGGGUCUGGUCCAAUAUUGGCUAUGCACCCAAGAAGUGGUUGGGCCAUCCUAGAACAUUUCUAGAGUAUGACCAGUGGUGAUCCGUCAUUUAUGUGUUCUGAGCCCCACAUAAAAAACAAAAAUAAAACAUUAUAUAUAUAUUUUUUGGGGGGUGUUACCUGUUUUGCAUGUUAUUUUGCAUUAAUACGUGUCACAUAUCAGUUUGCAAACGAUGUGAAUACAGCCUCCAUACAAACAUGGUGUCUUUUUUGCUUUCUUGAGUAAGGCAGCUCCAAAAUGCAGGUGUUUCAGCCUAGCUCAGUGCUUUCUGUGGUGGUAGGGCAGCCAGCGGAAAAUAUGGAGCAUAGGGGUUGGUAAUGUUAUCUAAUUGCGCCGUGAUUGGCUCAGUUUUCUGUCACUCAUGGGGACACUCCGUCACUGCCAAAUCUAAGGGUAGAGCUCGAAAAUUCAAGCCCCUUGGGUGCUGCCAUGGAGUUACAUUAGAAGUGCCCAUCCAAGAAGGCUCAAGGUCAUUGGCCACAGAUAAAAUGACGUCAAAUCACAUUAUAUCUACAGUAGCUUUGAUUGGACUGAUCAUGUCAAAAUCAUACUUUCAAAAUCUUAGCUAGCAGCCAUCAUCAUGAAUCAAGUCGACAAUAUACUGGCAAAUCCUUUUUAAUCCUUGUCAUACUGUAUGAAGAGAAAUAAUGAAGAGAAAUUAUACAUAAAACGUAUCAGUUCUAUUCGGCCAUUGGACAUAAACAUUACACAACAAGUUGGAAAUCGCAAAUUCAACAAUGAGUGGUAUGGAAGGAAUCAGUGGCUAACUGCAAGCAUUGCAAAGCAAUCACUAGCCUGCUAUUCAGUGGAGUGGGUGUGUGGUCCCAAUUCUUGGUUUAAGGUUCUCUUUUCCAAGCUUAAAAUUAUAAACAUUCAACAUUGGCCAUGCUGUCAAUCCAUCAUGAUUUCUGCCACGCUCAAAACAACUGUUAACUCAGAACUGGAAAAUCUGACUUCAGUGAGUUCAAGACAACUGCGAACUCAGGAAAAAACUAGCUCCGACUUGGAAAAUACGUUUUGAACGGCCAUCCAACUCGGAAUUGUAAGUCAGGAACUCGGGCCUCUUUCUAGAGCUAUGACCUGAAGAUCACUGACAUCAUCAUGAUUUGACCUUGUUUUUUUCCGAGUUCCCAGUUGUCUUGAAAGCACCAUAAAUCCAGAGAAUGCCAGACUUUGAUGGCAAAGUUUGAUGACAAAAUUUGCACACGAAGGACCGCCGCGCCACCUUCCAGUUCAAUGAGCACAGCACAACAAGGUCAGUCCAAAAAUGUAUUGUAUGCUGCUGCAUGAAUGAUGUAAUAUGCCAGGGAGAUAUGUAUACUGUAGCUAAGAAAGUAAUACUAAGUGUAUGUUGUGUAGUAAACUGUUAGUAGCCCAUGUACCUCACCCUAAUCAUUUGGUCUAUUUUCCCCUCUUAAAUUAAAUUAAAUUGGUGGUGCACAUGUAGCCUAUAACCUGUUUUAGAGGAAUGUAAUCAUCAAAUAUUAUAAGAGCUUUCAUUGUCUGCUUAUAUGCCCCCUUUAUUUAUCCUACGGUUCUGACUUGACGUACAGGGAGAACACUGUAAGAACGGCCCAUGUUCUGAAUUCUGUCGAUGUACAUUUCAAAAGUGCUAAACAAAUAGUUAUGUUGACUACGUCCGUCCUAGCUCGCUCAUUAAUGUCUUAAUCAAAAUUACGGAUUGCCUCUUAUCCGCCUUUUGUCCCCUUAUGCCAUAGUUUGUACAUCUCAAUUGUUAGUAGAAACCACGUUUGUUUAAACCUCCCAUUGUCCUAGGGUCAAAAUGACCCGCACUGUGUUGAACCAACUUUAUUUAAUUUUUUUAUUUUUGGGAUCAUUUGUGAGAAGGAGGCAGUGAGACUUUAAAGAAACUAUCACUGCCUCCUUCUCACAAAUGAUCCAAAAAAUAUAAAAAUUUAAUAAAGUUGGUUCAACACAGUGGCGGGUCAUUUUGACCCUAGGACAACGGGAGGGUUAAGCAAGUCAGCCAUAUCAGCUAUGUUUUUUUAAAAGGCAGUAAAUGAGGCUAAAUGAACUGUGUUGCUGCCAGACAAGGCUCCGCUGAUAGCCAGGUGUAGCAGUGGUAAGGUUUUGGGACUGCUGUUGGGACUCUGCUGUUGGGACAGCUUUAUGUAGGCACUAACAGUUUGUGGGCACCAUUUGUCACCGUUAUAGUGCAAUUAAUGUAUUGUUUAGUGUUGUGUUGUGUAGCGGCUUUGCUGGAAUGCGUCCCCCAAUUUUUGUUUUGUUUGCCCCACCAAGAUUUACAUGCUAAAAUCGCCACUGAGUAUGACAUGACAAGGUUAUAGAGGCUUUGUGAAGCGUCAAUGUAAUAGGAUUUAUAAAGCCUUUAUUAAGCGGUGCAUAUGUCACUGGUUCAUGUCUAAUUUGACAUAGUGGGUUAUGUCACAUUUGACAUUGGUGGUUGUCACCUGGUAGAGUUGGUAUACAGAAGCUAGCCCUAUUUGGUAAAAGACCAAUCCAUAUUAUGGCAAGAAAAGCUCAAAUAAGCAAAGAGAAACAACAGUCCAUCAUUACUUUAAGACAUGAAGGUCAGUCAAUACAGAACAUUUCAAGAACUUUGAAAGGUUCUUCAAGUGUAGUUGCAAAAACCAUCAAGCGCUAUGAUGAAACUGGCUCUCAUGAGGACUGCCACAGGAAAGGAAGACCCAGAGUUACCUCUGCUGCAGAGGAUAAGAUCGUUAGAUUUACCAGCCUCAGAAAUUGCAGCCCAAAUAAAAAGUAACAGACACGUCUCAGCAUCAACUGUUCAGAGGAGACUGCGUGAAUCAGGCCUUCAAAGUCGAAUUGCUGCAAAGAAACCACUACUAAAGGACACCAAUAAUAAGAAGAGACUUGCUUGGGCCAUGAAACACGAGCAAUGGACAUUAGAUAGGUGGGAAUCUGAUUUGGUCUGAUUAGUCCAAAUUUGAGAAUUUGGGUUCCAACCGCUGUGUCAGACACAGAGUAGGUGAACGGAUGAUCUCCACAUGUGUAGUUCCCACCGUGAAGCAUGGAGGAGGAGGUGUUAUGGUGUGGGGGUGCUUUGCUGGUGACACUGUCUGUGAUUUAUUUAGAAUUCAAGGCACACUUAACCAGCAUGGCUACCACAGCAUUCUGCAGCGAUACGCCAUCCCAUCUGGUUUGCGCUUAGCGGGACUAUCAUUUGUUUUUCAACAGGACAAUGACCCAACACACCUCCAGGCUGUGUAAGGGCUAUUUGACCAAGAAGAAGAGGUGAUGGAGUGCUGCAUCAGAUGACCUGGCCUCCACAAUCACCCGACCUCAACCCAACUGAGAUGGUUUGGGAUGAGUUGGACGGCAGAGUGACGGAAAAGCAACCAACAAGUGCUCAGCAUAUGUAUGAACACCUUCAAGACUGUUGGAAAAUAAUUCCAGGUGAAGCUGGUUGAGAGAAUGCCAAGAGUGUGCAAAGCUGUCAUCAAGGCAAAGGGUGGAUACUUUGAAGAAUCUAAAAUGUUAAAUAUAUUUUGUAUUUGUUUAAAACGUUUUUGGUUACUACAUGAUUACGUAUGUGUUAUUUCAUAGUUUUGAUGUCUUCACUAUUAUUCUACAAUGUAGAAAAUAGUAAAAACAAAGAAAAACCCUUGAAUUAGUAGGUAUGUAGGUGUUGCUCAUCAUUAAGCUCGAGGCCCUGGGUCUGAACCCCGCCCUGUGCAACUGGGUCCUGGACUUCCUGACUGGUCACCCCCAGGUGGUGAAGGUAGGAAACAACAUCUCCACUUCGCUGAUCCUCAACACUGGGGCCCCACAAGGGUACGUGCUCAGCCCCCUCCUGUACUCCCUGUUCACCCAUGACUGCGUGGCAAAGCACGCCUCCAACUCAAUCAUCAAGUUUGCAGAAGACACAACAGUAGUAGGCUUGAUUACCAUCAAUGACGAGACCGCCUACAGGGAGGAGGUGAGGGCUCUGGGAGUGUGGUGCCAGGAAAAUAAACUCUCACUCAACAUCAACAAACAAAGGAGAUGAUCGUGGACUUCAGGAAACCACCCCCCCCCCCCCCCCCCCCCCUAUCCACACCGACGGGACCGCAGUGGAGAAGGUGGAAAGCUUCAAGUUCCUUGGCGUACACAUCACUGACAAACUGAAAUGGUCCACGCACGCAGACAGUGUGGUGAAGAAGGCGCAACAGAGCCUCUUCAACCUCAGGAGGCUGAAGAAAUUUGGCUUGGCACCUAAAACCCUCACAAACUUUUACAGAUGCACAACUGAGAGCAUCCUGUCGGGCUGUAUCACCGCCUGGUACGGCAAGUGCACUGCCCGCAACCGCAGGGCUCUCCAGAGGGUGGUGCGGUCUGCCGAACGCAUUACCGGGGGCAAACUACCCGACCUCCAAGACACCUACAGCACCCGAUGUCACAGGAAGGCCAAAAACAUCAUCAAGGACAUCAACCACCCGAGCCACUGCCUGUUCACCCCGCUAUCAUCCAGAAGGCGAGGUCAGUACAGGUGCAUCAAAGCUGGGACCGAGAGAAUGAAAAACAGCUUCUAUCUCAAGGCCAUCUAACUGUUAAAUAGCCAUCACUAGCACAUUAGAGGCUGCUGCUGCCUGUUGGAAUCACUGGCCACUUUAAGAAAUGGAACACUAGUCACUUUAACAAUGUUUACAUAUCUUGCACUACUCAUCUCAUAUGUAUAUACUGUAUUCUAUUCUAGAAUAUUCUACUGUAUCUUAGUCCAUGCCACUCUGUCAUUGCUUGUCCAUAUAUGUAUAUAUUCUUAAAUUCCAUUCCUUACUAGAUUUGUGUGUUUUGGGUAUAUGUUGUGAAAUUGUCAGAUAUUACUUGUUAGAUAUUACUGCACUGUCGGAGCUAGAAGCACAAGCAUUUCGCUACACCUGCAAUAACAUCUGCUAAACACGUGUAUGUGACAAACAAAAUUUGAUUUGAUUUGAUUUAUGUCCAAACUAUUGACUGGUACUGUACAUUGUAAAGGAAAACAGUAAUUUAUAUGGUACAUUUGUGUAUUAUCAACAGUAAAAUGGUGUGAAACCUUUUACUGCAGCUUACUGUAAAUUAUGGUGCAUUGUGGGAAAAUGUUUUGGGCAGUGAAAAGAUUGCUGUAUUAAUUGUACUGAAAAAAAAAAUAUAAUUUUAAUAUAAUUUUUCCUUGAGUUUUGGGCUUAGAGUGACAAAAAGUAGCUAACAGCUAACUGCUCUCUCAUGUCUCUUCUUUGAGCAUAGCAGCCCAAACGGAACCAUUGCUAUGGAUACUCACAUACUCAGAGACACCAUGAGCAGAGCGCAUGCAGAGCAAGCUGCACGCAGGGUGCGAGUGACAGACAGAGAGGAGCAGCUAAUGGAUUUACUAAUGGAUAAAGUUAUUUCUGAUUUCGGGUUUCAGGCAAGGCCGGGCCUUGAAUUUGGUAGAAGGAAUCGGGCCUAGGUAGGGUAGGGGCCUGAACGUUGCGGGCAUGGGUAGGGCUUAAAUGUUAUGAACAGUCAAAAUCAUGUUUCCAUGAAAUUGGAUGAUACUGUAUUUGGAUGAAACCAGAUGAAAGUAUGAUGACCAAAGUAUGAAAAAUGACUGUUGCUUGUACAUUGAUAAAGUACGAUCAUAAAGUUACUGGUCCCCUCCCCAUGUCAAACACUUAGAUUCAGAAAGCGGGAUUAUUAAGUGUAUAGGGUGACAUCACCCUAACUCUCAUUUUAAUACACCAAUGGUAACAUGAUAUUCUCUUACCUAAUUUAAAUAAGUACCGUCUUGUAACUAAUAUCGGAGAAGGCGUGUUUUUGGAAGGGCGUGGUUUACAGAAUUUAGCUAGAUAGCUAAUCUACUAGUGCCAGAAUCUGACUGCAGGGUGUCAGCAAAUACACUACAUGACCAAAAGUAUGUGGACACAUGCUCGUUGAACAUCUCAUUCCAAAAUCAUAGGCAUUCAUAUGGAGUUGGUCCCCCCUUUACUACUAUAACAGCCUCCACUCUUCUGGGAAGGCUUUCCACUAGAUGUUGGAACAUUGCUGUGGGGACUUGCUUCCAUUCAGCCACAAGAGCAUUAGUGAGGUCGCGCACUGAUGUUGGGCGAUUAGGCCUGGCUCGAAGUCGGCCUUCCAAUUCAUCCCAAAGGUGUUCGAUGGGGUUGAGGUCAGGGCUCUGUACAGGCCAGUCAAGUUCUUCCACACUGAUAUUGACAAACCAUUUCUGUAUGGACCUUGCUUUGUGCAUGGGGGCAUUGUCAUGCUGAAACAGGAAAGGGCCUUCCCCAAACUGUUGCCACAAAGUUGGAAGCACAAAAUCGUCUGGAAUGUCAUUGUAUGCUGCAGCAUUAAGAUUUCACUUCACUGGAACUAAGGGGCCUAGUGCGAACCAUGAAAAACUGCCCCAGACCAUUAUUCCUCCAAACUUUACAGUUGGCACUAUGCAUUGGGGCAGGUAGCGUUCUUCUGGCAUCUGCCAAACCCAGAUUUGUCCGUUGGACUGUCAGAUGGUGAAGCGUGAUUCAUCACACCAGAGAAUGUGUUUCCACUGCUCCAGAGUCCAAUGGCAGCGAGCUUUACACCACUCCAGCCGAUGCUUGGCAUUGCGCAUUGUGAUCUUAGGCUUGUAUGUAGCUUCUCGGCCAUGGAAACCCAUUUCAUGAAGCUCCCGACGAACAGUUAUUGUGCUGACGUUGCUUCCAGAAGCAGUUUGGAACUCGGUAAUGAGUGUAGCAACCGAAGACAGACGAUUUUUACAAGCUACGCGCUUCAGCACCCGGCAGUCCUGUUCUGUGAUCUUGUGUGGCCUACCACUUCGCGGCUGAGCCGUUGUUGUUCCUAGACGUUUUCACUUCACAAUAACAGCACUUACAGUUGAUCAGGGUAGCUCUAGCAGGGCGGAAAUUUGACAAACUGACUUGUUGGAAAGGUGGCAUCCUAGGUUACACAUUGAAAGUCACUGAGCUCUUCAGUAAGAGGACGACACAACAGUGGUAGGCCUGAUCACCGACAACGAUGAGACAGCCUAUAGCAGGGGUGUCAAACUCAUUUUAGCUCAGGGGCCACAUGGAGGAAAAUCUAUUCCCAAGUGGGCCGGACCGGAAAAAUCAUGGUAUAUAUAACUUAAAAACAACAACUUCAGAUUGUUUUCUUUGUUUUAAUACGAUCAACAUACAACAUAAAGCUGGAGCCUGAGGACAGUGUGUCCAAAAUAGUACAAGCACAACAUCACUAUUAAUCAUAAAACACGUCAAGUUUAUUUGAAAAUUCUAAAGAAAAAGAACACACAAACACACAAUGCCUCAGUGAUUAACAGAACUGUUUCACAGAUCACAGAACUAUAUCAGGGUGUCAUUUCUCAGGCAGAAAUGUAGAUAAAAAUUAUGAAAUCCUGUUCCCCAAACAAGUGCAAGAACCACAGAGUCAAGAAUAGGUUAAAUAUACAAAUAAAAUAAAAUCAAUUAAAAACAAUAGCACAUCAACAUAAAAACAUAUAAACAUAAAGCUGGAGUCUGAGGACAGUGUCCAAAAGCACAACAUCACUAUUAAUCAUAAAACACCUCAAGUUAUUUGAAAGUUCUGAGGACAAAGAACACACAAACACACAAUGCCUCAUGAAAAUGGCCAGUUGUGCAACAUCUGUAAUGUCCGUGCUUUCAUCAAUUGCAACCGAAAACGCAAUAAAUGACUUUACUUUUUGCUUCAACUGGCUGUCCAAAUCCACUGAAAGAUCUGCAACUGUGUUUCUUGUCAGGCUGAUAUUUGCAAAAACCUGCCGCUUUUCAGGGCACACAAUCUCCGCUGCCUUCAUCAUGCAUGUUUUUACAAAUUCACCCUCACUAAAUGGUUUUGAAGCCACUGCGAUUUCAUUAGCAAUGAGGUAGCUAGCUUUCACUGCAGCGUCACUGAUGUCUCGGCUGUGAGUAAACACAGACUGCUGUUUCUUCAGACCCGCCAACAGUUCAUUCACCUUCUCUCAUCUCCGCUGUCCUUGAAAGUUGUCAUAUUUGUCGGCAUGAAGACUCACAUAGUGGCGACGAAGGUUAUAUUCUUUCAGCACUGCAACAUGCUCUGAACACACCAAACAUACAGCUUUCCCAUUCAAUUCCGUGAAUAAAUAGGAUGACAAUUUUUCUUGGAACAAUCUGCACUCUGCGUCCACUUUUCUCUUUUUUGACAGAGACAUAUUGGGGCAAUGAGGGUGCCAAAGCACAUAAUGUUAAAAGUAGAAGCCGUAAUAAAUAUUGCGGGCAAAACAAAGUAGCUCAUUGGCUGCACGUGCUUGACCUACUUGCUCUGCCCCGGUAUAAACAGUUUGCUUGCUUAACACAAUUGCUAUUGCGCCAUCCAGUGGACGCAAUUGGAACAGCAGUUUAUUUUAUAGAAAAAUUGCAGCGCAUUUUUAUACUUUACAAAAAAAAAAAAAAAAAACGUUUUUUUCCUUUUUUUUUUUCUUUUCUUCAAAAUCAUCUCGCGGGCCGGAUUAAACCCGUUUGCGGGCCUGAUCCGGCCCGCGGGCCGUACGUUUGACACCCCUGGCCUAUAGGGAGGAGGUCAGAGACCUGGCCGUGUGGUGCCAGGAUAACAACCUCUCCCUCAACGUGACCAAGACAAAGGAGAUGAUUGUGGACUACAGGAAAAAAAGAGGACUGAGCACGCCCCCAUUCUCAUCGACGGGGCUGUAGUAGAACAGGUUGAGAUCUUCAAGUUCCUUGGUGUCCACAUCACCAACUUACUAUCAUGGUCCAAACACACCAAGACAGUCGUGAAGAGGGCACAACAAAGCCUAUUCCCCCUCAGGAGACUGAAAAGAUUUGGCAUGGGUCCUCAGAUCCUCAAAAAAUUAUACAGCUGCACCAUCGAGAGCAUCCUGACUGGUUGCAUCACCGCCUGGUAUGGCAACUGCUUGGCCUCCGACCGCAAGGCACUACAGAGGGUAGUGCGUACGGCCCAGUACAUCACUGGGGCCAAGCUUCCUGCCAUCCAGGACCUCUAUACCAGGCGGUGUCAGAGGAAGGCCCUCAAAAUUGUCAAAGACUCCAGCCACCCUAGUCAUAGACUGUUCUCUCUGCUACCGCACGGCAAGCGGUACCGGAGUGCCAAGUCUAGGUCCAAAAGACUUCUCAACAGCUUCUACCCCCAAGCCAUAAGACUCCUGAACAGCUAAUCAUGGCUACCCGGAUUAUUUGCACUGCCCCCCCACCCUCACCCCCCACCCCAUCCUUUUUACGCUGCUGCUACUCUGUUAAUUAUUUAUGCAUAGCCACUUUAACUCUACCCACAUGUACAUAUUACUUCAACUACCUCAACUAGCCGGUGCCCCCGCACAUUGACUCUGCACCGGUACCCCCCUGUAUAUAUAGCCGCCCUACUGUUAUUUUAUUUUACUUCUGCUUUUUUUUUUCUCAACACUUUUUUGUUGUUGUUUUAUUUUACUUUUUUAUUAAAAAUAAAUGCACUGUUGGUUAAGGGCUGUAAAUAAGCAUUUCACUGUAAUGUCUGCACCUAUUGUAUUCGGCGCAUGUGGCCAAUAACAUUUGAUUAGAUUUUAUUUGAUUCUACUGCCAAUGUUUGUCUAUGGAGAUUGCAUGGCUGUGUGCUCGAUUUUAUACACCUGUCAGCAACGGGUGUGGCUGAAAUAGCCAAAUCCACUAAUUUGAAGGUGUGUCCACAUACAUUUUGUAUAUAUAAUUUACACAAUAAGUUUACAUUAUUCAUCAAUGGCAUAGAUACUUAUAUGUCUCCCCUUUCAUCUGUGUCUGGUGUUAGCUAGUUACUGGCUAGCUAGUUCUUCAGCUAGCAUGGAACAAAAGGGGGGGAAGGGUCGUUCAAAACGCUGACACAGUUGUCAUGUCAAUACGUCAUUCAGUGCUGCUGUGAAUUGCAUUCCAAGAGACAUGCCAAAUGGGAGAUGUAUACAAACAUUUGACAUCAUUGAUGCAAUUUCAAUGUUGCUUUGUGGAUCACCAAAUUUGCUUGACAGGAGAUUACAGCAACACUGCUCACUGCAUUCAAGUUUCUUGACGUAGGCGUUUCAAAGAACUGUCAGUCAAGGCGAGCUCAUGAAUAUAAACUCCCAGCCCACUCAACCUGUCUUUUCAAACUUCCUGGUAGUUAGUCAUGAGAGAAGUACAAAAAAACAAAAAAAAACAAAGUGUUUCCAUCCCCUAAAAAUAUUAUGGGUCAUAUUUUAGUCUUUCAUAAUGCUAUUUUACAUGGGAAUCAGAAUGGCUGUUCGGGACCUUUAAAAUUAAUGCUGGUGAAGGGCUCUACAAGAAGUUGCAAGUUCAAUUCCCCAGAGCAUUCAUGAACACUUCCCGUCGAGUGUCCUUGAUAGUCGUACAGUUAUUGACUUGAUAUUGGGCAACUUUUAGCAAAGUGCAGAAAUGUAUUCUUGCAAAUAAAUCUGUGGCCAAUCUCUAUCACGCCCACAGAUAUGGUGGUGUAGCAGGGAAUUUCACAUUGCUGGCAACCAAGAGUGUACUGUAAUCAGAAUACAGCAACAUACUGUCAUGAAACAGCAAUAACACCUUCAAGUUGUCGUAUAUGUACUUUAUUUUUCUAUUGUAUUCUCACUGACCUGGUGGCGUUGCAGGAAAUUCAAGUAGUUACCAACCAAUAGGUUGUGAGUUCAAAUCCUAAGUGAUGUAUAGUCCCAAUUUAUUAGCAUUCAGUAGCAAAAACAUCUUAAUUUAAUAGUAAAAACACACUAACUUAUUGUAUAUUUACCGUAUUUUCACGGCAACCAGUAGCCAGUAGUGUACCGUAAAAUUAAAUAAAUGUUUUAAUAGUGCAGUUAACUGUAAGUUACCGCAAAAAAACGGUACCAAAGAUUACAGUAAGAGUAUUUGUUACCAUAAAGUGACUACAGUAGCAUUAUUGGUACCAUAAAUCUAUUACAGUAACAGUAUUGGAUACCGUGAAAUACAGCACGGUAACAUACUGUACCUUUUUUUUAUGGUACCUUUUUUUCUUACAGCUGCCAGUACGUUACUGUAAAAACAAAAUUAUUUUUUUACAGUUUAGCAGCCAACCUGCUUGCACCAAUCCAAUAUUAUUACAGUAAAAUACUGUGAAUCACAAACCCCAUCUCCCGUCAAUGAAUUUAAUCAAUGAAUUUGUUCAUUCACUAUGAGUACCGUAGCAUUUACUUUUGUACAGUAUAAUAGAGUCAAUUUUACCAUAUUGUACUGUGUUGUCAUUACACAGUACAUGCUUUGAUACUGUAUUUAGAUUACAGUAGGUGUAAGUUACUGUCAAAUUCACGGCAACCCCUUUACAGUAUACCCAGGCCACCUAACCCCACCCUGAAGAUAAUCAUGGAGUCUACGUCAGCCCUAAGCUGCUUAAGGAAGUGGGGGAAGAAGCUGGCUGAUCUGGUUGGGUGGAAGACACAGUUUAAGCCUCUUUAUCCCUACACUGUUCUGCUAUAUACCUUUAGGCUAUGCUAUGUGGUAAAUGCUCUGUGCUCUCUGCCUGCUGUUUGCUGUCUUGACCUCGACCCUGAAGACUGAAAUGAACACCUGUGAUACAGGUUCUAUUCUUGAAGCGUCACCUCUGCUCUGGAGGUCUGGGAUGUCCACUUGAAGGAGAUCUACAGGAGGAGAUUCCUUUGGAAAUCUACAUCACGCUCUGUCUUUGGAUCUUUACAUGACACGUGAUGGUGGAUGUCUGACAUGUUCACAGCUCUGAGAUUUUCGAGGCCUGUACCCACGUUUCCGUCGAUGUCUUCUGCGCUGGAGGUUUGAAGUGUCCUGGUAGACGUGAAAGCCAUCCUAGGAUUCUGGCUGAGUUGUAUUUAGAGUGUUGUACCCUGCUCUGUGGGAAGGCUGAGGAGGAACCGGGCAACAUGCCCACCCUCAACAGACUGGGCAAGCUGUGUAGCUCCAACCGUAGCCACACAGUGGACCGCCUCACCCACAUCAAACAUAGAAACUCAGUCAAGCGCAUGUCCAUCAUUGAGGAUGGGCAAGUGGCUGAGGUGCUCUACCUCAUUCCCAAAGUGUACAUGCAGCAGCUGCCGUACCUCAACCCUAACGACUAUUACCUGAGUGAGAGACUUAUCGAUCUGGCACCAGGUAGGGCUAUGGUAUGGGGUAGGAGGAGCCGGCAGGGAAAAUCUGUUUUUUCUGUCUGCCUGUCUGUCUGUCUGUCUGUCUGUCGGUCUGUCUGUCUGUCUGUCUACUGGUCUGUCUGUCUUUGUGUCUGCCUGCCAGCCUGCUUGCCUGCCUGUAUCUAUUAAUCUCUUCACUCUUCACUUCAUUAGUCACUUUGAACUGGGUAUUGUUUUUCAGAGUUAUACAACUAG